GCUCUCUGCAGUCAGUAGCAUUCAAACACUCGGCGUCAGAAUAAGAUUUAGAAAAACUCGACAAACAUAAAUAUAAUUAAAAACUAUUUACAUUAGAUAAUUAACAAAAAUGAUCGGUGACAAUGAGGACUCUCACUCCUUAUGUGACUCACUGAAUUUACUUGAAGAAGGCUGUCGUUUGCCGGUUCGUAUGCACAGUACCAAUGAUUGGACAUUGGCGGAAUUAAUUAGUGUAAAAGACGUUGGACCAGUUAAAUAUUAUUAUGUCCAUUAUGUUGAUUUCAACAAAAGAUUGGACGAAUGGGUAACAGAAGAGAGAUUAGACACGCGAAAGGUCCAAUACCCUCACCGCGACGGAACGACAGCUCCAGGGACAGGAUGCGCGACUCCAAAAAAAAUCAGCCGGCCUCCAAGCCCAACGAACACCCCCACCGAGCCAGUGAACGGCUCCGCGGCGUUCCAAGCUGCACUUCAGAAGCGGAUCUCGAGGAAGCGAAAGGGGACUUUUUUGGACAACGAAGACUCCCAAGAAGCCACAAACCCUUCCGGAGUCCAGCAAACACCUGGUCCGCGUCCCACGGGGUCGAUGGUGACGCACCACCACGACGACGUGGUGACGCGCAUGAAGAACAUCGAAUUAAUCGAGUUGGGUCGCCACCGGAUCAGGCCCUGGUACUUCAGUCCCUACCCCGAAGCUAUGGUCACGCUGCCCUGCAUUUAUAUUUGUGAAUUCUGUCUUAAAUACCGCAAGAGCCGGAAGUGCCUCGAGCGGCAUCUAGUCAAGUGCAAUUUAAGACACCCGCCAGGGAACGAAAUCUACCGCAAGGGCUCAAUUUCUUUCUUUGAAAUCGACGGACGCAAGAACAAGAAUUACGCACAGAAUUUGUGUCUUUUAGCGAAGCUUUUUCUGGACCACAAGACUCUUUACUACGACACCGACCCGUUCCUCUUCUACGCGAUGACUGAGUUCGACAGCAGGGGCUUCCACAUCGUCGGAUAUUUUUCUAAAGAGAAAGAAUCCACCGAAGACUACAACGUCGCUUGUAUCCUCACCCUGCCACCGUAUCAGAGAAAAGGUUACGGGAAACUCCUGAUCGAGUUUUCUUACGAGUUGUCUAAAUUUGAAGGAAAAACUGGAUCUCCAGAAAAACCGCUGUCUGAUUUGGGCCUGCUGUCUUAUAGGAGCUACUGGACUCACACGAUUGUGGAUAUUCUUAUCAAUGUUAAGCCGCUGGUGGAAAAUGAAAAAGCACAGAUUACUAUCAAUGAAAUCUGCGAGCUCACUGCUAUUAAAAAGGAAGAUGUUAUUUCGACUUUACAGCACUUGGGGCUUAUUAAUUAUUACAAGGGGCAAUAUAUCGUUACGCUUAAUGAAAAAACAAUAAUAGACCAUGCAGAAGCAAUGGCAAAGCGGUCUAUCAGGAUAGAUUCUAGAUGCUUAAAUUGGCAACCUAAAGACUGGAGUGUUCGCGCAAAAUGGUAAACUGCGACAAUAAAUACCGAUACUCAGCUGCUUAUUUUUUUUUAACUUACUUAUACUAUAUUGUACAUAAAUGUAAUUUUAUAAA